AUGGCCGAGGAGACAGUCAACAGUCUGAUAUUCCUAAGAAGCCACUGGACAGCCUGGCGGGUUCUUGGAGUAGCCCAUCAACGCAUCGAGUCCUGGAGGAACCUGUACAUCGGCUAUGGGAUCAUUCUGAACCUGCUGGUCACUCUGUGCUAUCCCUUUCACCUGGGCAUGUCGCUCUUUCAAAACCGUACCCUCACCGAAGACAUCCUCAAUUUGACCACCUUUGUGACCUGCACUGCCUGCUCAUUAAAGUGCUUGAUCUAUGCCUAUAAUCUCAAGGAUGUGAUGGAAAUGGAACGACUCUUAAGUCUCCUGGAUGAACGGGUAAAGGGUCCUGGACAGAGAGCGAUUUAUGGAAAGGUCAAGGUGCAACUACGCAAUGUCCUGUACAUUUUCAUUGGCAUUUACCUGCCCAUCGCCUUUUUCGCCGAACUCUCCUUUCUCCGCAAGGAGGAGCGGGGAUUGAUGUAUCCCGCCUGGUUUCCCUUCGACUGGAUGAACUCCACGAGGAACUUUUGCAUAGCAAAUGUGUAUCAAAUUGUGGGGAUAUCCUUUCAGCUUUUACAGAAUUAUGUCAGCGAUUGCUUUCCGGCUGUGGUCCUUUGCCUGAUUUCCUCGCACAUUAAAAUGUUGUAUAAGAGACUCGAAGACGUUGGCAUGGAUCCCGAGGAAGACCCUGAAAAGGAGCUGGAAGCGUGCAUCACGGAUCACAAGAGAUUAAUUAAACUCUUUCGGUGCCUUGAGGCCUUCAUAUCCUUGCCCAUGUUCAUUCAGUUUACGGUGACAGCUUUGAAUGUCUGCAUUGGCAUUGCAGCUUUGGUUUUCUUUGUCUCCGAACCCAUGGCCAGGAUUUAUCUUAUAUUCUACUCGAUGGCCAUGCCCCUGCAGAUAUUCCCAUCCUGCUAUUUUGGCACAGACAAUGAAUAUUGGUUCGGAAAACUCCAUUAUGCGGCUUUUAGUUGCAAUUGGCACACUCAGAAUCGGAGUUUCAAGAGGAAAAUGAUGCUCUUCGUUGAGCAAUCGCUGAGAAAGAUCACAGCUAUGGCUGGGGGCAUGCUACGCGUUCAUCUAGACACAUUUUUCUCGACCCUGAAGGGAGCUUACUCUCUAUUUACACUCAUUAUUCGGUUGAGGAAGUAG